AUGACGAAUGAGAAAAGAAAGAGAUUAAUAGAUUCUAUGAAAACAAGAGAUGAACAUUAUAAAAAACAAAAAUAUGAACUGUCAAAAGAAGACCAAUUUAACUAUAUUAAAGAAAUAAAGAAUUCAACAAGAUUAGAACAAGAGGAAAAGUGGUUCCUCAUUUCAACAAAAUGGUACAACGACUUCAAAGCAUACUGUCGAGGAGAUGUCGACAGACUAUCAACUAUUGACAAUUCGUCAUUAUUUGAUAAAGAUUACAAAGUAAAAGGAAAUCUAAUAUGUGGAAAAGAUUAUAUUCUUUUACCCAAGAGAGCUUGGGAAAGCUUAAUGGAGUGGUAUGGAAUCAAUGACGAGAGAUUUAUUGUCAAAAGAAGUGUCAAAAGCCUAUAUCAUUUUGAAGUCUACCAGAUGCACCAAAAGCCAAGUCAAAGGAAAACGUUCAAUAUAGAUUGUGGAGCCACGGUCAAGGACUUUUAUCAAGCACUGGUCAGUGCACUCAACCUGUCAGCAUCCAUCAGUCGUGUUUGGAUAUUGAAACGACCGAUCGAAAGCAAUACGUUCAUUACUGAAUCUCUCCUUGAUACCUUGGCUGCCAAGACGAUUCAUCCUUCCACGAUACCAACACAUGUUCUCAUCACAACUUAUUUGCCCAACAAGGACGAAAAGAGAUACUCUUUGGCUAUCAAGACUGAGUCAACAACAGUAUCGACCGUAACAAGAGGAUUGCGCGGUUUAAAUAAUUUAGGAAACACAUGCUACAUGAAUUCAGCUAUUCAGUGUCUUAGCAAUACGCCAAAAUUAACGUAUUGGCUCUUGAAAGAUUUGUACAAGAAGGACAUCAAUCGAUACAAUCCACUUGGCCUAAGAGGUGAAUUAGCUGAAUCAUAUGCAAGUUUGAUAAAGUCUAUAUGGCGUAUAGGGCAUAGUUCGUCGAUAUCCCCCUAUGAAUUUAAAAAAACGUUUGAAAGGUUCAAUUCCCAUUUUAGUGGAUACGAACAACAAGAUUCCCAAGAGUUCCUUGGCUUUUUACUCGAUGGACUACACGAAGAUAUGAAUAGAGUACAUCAUAAGCCAUAUGUUCAGAUGCACGAUUAUGAGGAUGAAUCUCGACAAGAAGAGAUUGCAGAUCAACUGUGGAAGUAUCACAAGUCAAGAAAUAACUCAGUCAUUGUCGAUUUGUUCCAAGGACAGUUUAAGAACAAGUUGAGAUGUAAUGAAUGUAAUAAGGUCUCUAUUACUUUUGAUCCGUUCAUGCAUUUAUCUUUACCGAUUCCAGUCAGCAUUUGUAAAUUAAAUAUCACAUUUAUCUAUUAUCAUAAACCAAGACAAUGCAAGUUUACAGUGUCUCUGACCAAGCAAAGCAGAACGAUUGCUGACCUGAAGCAAGCCAUUAUGAAUAAAUUGAAAGAUAGUAAACAUUUCCUAAUUACUCGCAUGUUUCAAAGCAAGAUAUGUACGCUCUACAAGGAUAGUGAUCCUCUUUCGGCUAUACAACCUACCGACAUCAUUUACAUUUACGAGAUACCCUUUGCCUACCCUGAUCCCAGCUGGAUCUUGUUUCCGGUAUAUUUUCAACUCAUCGACAACGAUAACACUCAUUUCAAUAUGUUUGGAUAUCCUUCUAUUCUUGCCUUUGACACAUCAAAGGGAUAUCCUGAUCUGUACACAUCCAUUAGUCUCCGCGUUCAACGAUACACAGCCAAGACAUUGAUCAAUGAAGAUGGAAUGCCGAUAGAGCAAGAUAUGUUUACGAUCAAGACAUUUAUCAACAAGGAAUCAGCAGACACCCAUUUCCCACUUCUAGAACCACCUACAGAUGUUUCUUUCAUGCCAGAUGAACACGACCCAAAUACCAUUCAGCAGGGACAGGCAGUACUGACCCAAUGGAAAAAGGAAAAGGCAUUUGGGAUCUUUGGAAGUGCUCCAAAAAGGAACAACCCCGAUGUACUGACGAUAAACACUGGUCUUUGGAGAGCCUUUGAUAAUCUCGCCAAUGGAAAUCAACAGGAUCGACCUGAUAUCUAUGCCUGUUUACGAGAGUUUACAAAGGAAGAGCAUCUGACGGAUGACGAUCUAUGGUAUUGUCCGAGAUGUAAAAAGCAACAGAGGGCAACCAAGAAACUUGAUCUCUGGAGGUUGCCUGAGAUCAUGGUUAUUCAUCUAAAGCGGUUUAGUCAAGUAAGGAUGUGGCGUAAUAAGCUAAAUACCUUUGUAGACUUCCCUAUAUCUGGUCUUGACAUGACAGAUUAUGUGAUUGAUGUCAAGGAUGAUGAUCGACUCAUGUAUGAUUUGUAUGCUAUAGAUAAUCAUUAUGGAGAUAUGGGUGGAGGACAUUACACUGCUUAUGCUCAAAAUGCGAUAGACAAGCACUGGUAUGACUUUGAUGACACCUCUGUUACAAAAAUAGACGAACGUAGAAUCAAGACAAGUGCAGCUUAUGUAUUAUUCUACAAACGUCGUAGAAGAAGAAGCAAUGUUGAUUAA